GGCUUCUUUUUUGCCUUUAAACUUCAGUGAAUAUGAAACAUACACAAAACGCAUAAACACAAAGAUAUACAUAUCACAUAUAUGUAUAUAUUCUCUAAGCUCCAUCUGAUCCCCAUUUGCUUGCUAGUUACCACUCUGUCUGCAAAGUGGAGUACUUGACACCUGGUGUGAUUAUCCUGUAUCUUUUUACUGGUAUAGAUCGAUGACUCCAAUAUAUUUUAAUUCAUCAUCUGAUGAUCGGUACAAUGAACACCAGUUCUUUAGCCCUAGAGAUCACCACAACCAACAUGAGUUUUUGAGCCCUAAUUCGCAAGCUUCGUUGUCUUCGAAUUCUCUCACUUGUCAUAUUUUCUUCAACCCUAUUACUACCCAUGAUCAAGAUAAGGUUUUUAAUAGAGAUCAAUCACAUCCAUCACAAAAUGAGGAUGAUGAUGAUGUCGGAUCACAAGCAUGCGAUGAUCCUUGUGUCGAAAAUCAAGUAGAGAGAAGCACGGGCAAUGGUGGACUUCAGGUUUCUUUAUGGAAGAAAGAAGAUGAUGAUCAUAUGAAUGAGGAAAAUCAAGUGAAGUGGAUGUCUUCCAAGAUGAGAGUAAUGCUUAAGAUGAAGAAAACGGAUCCAACAAAGCUAGACACUUUACGAUCUACCACGAAAGAGCUACAGCUUGAAGGUCAUCACGAUCAUAAAGAACAAGAACGUGCAAACUCGAUCAAUAGUAAUUAUUCAAACAACACCCUAGUUAGGGUUUGUUCUGAUUGUAAUACUACCAAGACUCCUCUAUGGCGAAGCGGACCUCAAGGACCUAAGUCACUCUGCAAUGCAUGUGGGAUCCGGCAGCGGAAAGCACGGAAAGCAAUGGCUGCAGCACAAGCCGAAGCAGCGGAAUCUAGCAAAAGUGAAUUCGUUGAAAGACCAACAUCGUUAAAAGCUACAAAGAUUCUGCAUAAAGAUUAUAAGAAGCCAAACAAAGGGCAUGUUACAAAGUACAACAACAAACUGUACUCGAAGAAGAUAAACACGAAAGCAUCACCAACAAGAAAGAAUACCGUCGAAGAAUUCUUGGUAAGCUUAAGCAAAAGUCUUGCAUUUCAUGGUGUGUUUCCACAAGAUGAAAAGGAAGCUGCAAUCCUCCUAAUGGCACUCUCCUGUGGCUAUGUUCAUCAAUAGUCUCGUUUCUUAUUUAUUUCAUUACAUGUUUUUGCAAGUGAGCUUAUAGCUGUUGAGAAUGUUAACAAUUUUCUACAGUUUAGGUAAGAUAGCAUAUUGUUGUGUAAUAAGGACUUUGAGUGAUCUGAAAAUAAGUCCUAAUGGUGGAAUAAUAAAUUAACUAAUGUGUGUAAACCAUAUUAUUAUUAUUAUAAUAAAAGUAUUCAUGGAUCAGUUAUUUAUUUAAA